AUGAAUCGAAAGGCAAGUUGUCGUAAUAGUGCAUUACAUUCGUUAAUUAAACUACCCAUUAAUAUGCGAUGGAAUGCAUUAGAUUUUUCACAAAAUUAUAUUCCAUCUGUUGAUAGUUACAUAUUUUCUGAUAUAUACGUUGAAAACAUUAAUUUAUCAAAAAAUUAUAUACGACGAAUUGAACAAACAGCAUUUGAAUCAAUUAAAAAUUUAAAAGAAUUAAUUUUAAGUCAUAAUCAAAUGGAAGAAUUUGAUCCAUUAUCUGUAAAAUCAGCGGGAAAAUAUAUGGAAAAAUUUGAUAUUUCUAAUAAUCUAUUACAACAACUUGAUAUUGGUGAAAUUCUUACACAAUUACCUAAAUUAAAAGUAUUUCAUGCAGCAUGGAAUAAUAUUAAUAAUACAAGUAUCUAUACAUUAUUAAAAUUACAAACAGAACGAGAAAUCAUAGAAUUAUCUGAUGAAAAUAGUAGAAAUAUGACAACAAAAAUAUCGGGUCAUCAUCAUUUAGAAUUAUUAGAUUUAAGUCAUAAUAAUAUAACAACAUUAUGUAAUGGAUUAUUUGAUGGUCUAUAUAAUUUAAAACAUUUAAUAUUAGAUUAUAAUUAUAUUGAUUUAAUUGAUAAUAAUUUAAUAAAAAAUUUAAAAUAUUUAAAAAUAUUUAGUUUAACAAAUAAUCGUCUACGUCAUGUUCCUGCUUUCUAUAGUCAAACAUUGACAACACUUAGUUUUUCAUCAAAUUUAAUUGAACGUAUUUCAGAUUAUUUUGCAGCUAAUUUACAUUCAAUAACACAUAUUAAUUUUGAUGAUAAUUAUUUAUUAAAUAUUACUAGUCAUAAAGCAUUUUGUUAUAUUAAUUUAUUUACAUUAAAACGUUUAUCAUUUCGUAAUAAUAAUUUAAUAACAUUAAAUUCAUUUGGUGAAUUAUUGUGUAGAUUAAUAUCAACAGAUAAUACUCAACAUCAUAAACAUAUUUUAGAUAUAAAUAAUAAUAUGAAUUUAAAAUGUAAUUGUACAUUAAUACAAUUUCAUCAAUAUUUAUAUAAUUAUCAAGAUUUAUCGUGUACACAAUAUGGACAAGAUCGUUAUUUUGUAUCAACAUUAGAAUUAACAAAUAGAAAAAAUUGUACACAAAAUUUUUGUAAUAAUUAUUCGUAUGAAAAUUUAUGUAUUUGGUCAACUGCUCAUAGUAUACAAAUAAAAGGAACAUGUGAAAAAAAAUUACAAAAAAAUUUAACAUUAAAAAAGAAAUUUUCUUCAAUUCAUCAUCAUAUGAAAAAUGGAACAAAACUAAAUAGAUUAUUAUUAUUAUUGAAUAGUUCAAAUGAUACUAGUUAUAUGAUUGAAAAUCGUUCCAUAAAUAAUGAUGAAUAUUUAACAACAACAUUAUUUCUAGGACAACAAAUGUUAAAUACAGAGAAAAAAUCAUCAUUAUCGCAGAUUGAUAGAACAAUUUUACAUCAUACAAUUUUAAUAUUGAGUUUUUUGAAAUUUUUCAUAGUCGAUUUAAAUAUCUAG